AUUUAUCGUCUGUUGGAGCUGAAGCCUGCUUACCGACACCGAGCCUUGCUCAACGAUCAUACAUGACCAAGGGUUGCUAGACACAGUAAAAGUAGCCGGGCCAAGCGUCAUCUCCCACCAAUGAAUUUGUCGAUCAUGUUCAACAAGGUUCAAGGUCGCGGUGGCUUGGUAGGCAGAUAUGGAAAUCCCACGCGCGGUCGACAGCUCUACUUCGAGUUAUAAGCGCUCCUGGGUUCUUGCUUCAUGCGCACAUCCCGGGUCAUUGUCAGACUCACCGUCCAUAAUGUUGAUCUUCCCCCUGAUUAUCCUUCUCUAUACCGCCAUUGCACGGGGACAGGCAAUCAUCCACACCGUUUCAACACCAGCGGAUCCAUCAACCCCGCCGACCUCGACAUGUACGCCUAUUUUUGUGAACCCAGAUGGAACAGAGGUACACCAGACGGCUGGGAUGAUCCUUCUCUGCCGUGAGCCAACUACACAGCCCAGCACUUUCAUCGAACCGGCGAUUCCCACAGAAACCUCUCGGGCGAAUUUCCGACUCGCGAGGAACGAAGGUAUUGGUCUACUGGGUCUCGGUGUUGUUCUAGCCGCAUGUCUAUUUCCAGUAAUCGAUUAGUGGAAGAUGUUUCAAUCAAGCGCUGUACUCAGU